UGAACACGUAUAAUGAAGUGGUAUGAGAAAUGGAUGCUCAAGUUCCUUAAGAAUGGAGCUAAGAUUCCACAAAGGAUAGCUAUAAUUAUGGAUGGAAAUAGAAGAUACGCACAAGAAAGACUUCAUGCAGACAAGCAUGAAGGACAUAAGCAUGGGCUACAGAAGUUGAUUGAUACAAUGGAGUGGUGCUUAGAGCUAGGGAUGAAGGAGGUUGGAGUUUAUGCACUUGCGAUUAAUAAUCUGAAAAGAUCUAAGAAAGAACUUGAUACCUUGUUUGAUCUGAUCAAAUCUUCCUUUCAAAGAUUCGCCAAGCAAAGGGAGUUCUUCGAGAAGAACGGUGUCAAAGUCAAUAUUUGUGGCAGACUUGAAAUGUUACCAAAGGAUGUUCAAGAACCUCUAUUUGAUGUGAUGGAAGAAACAAAAGACAAUACCAAUUGAACACUCCAUAUUUAUGUUUGUUAUAGUUCAACGCAAGAAUUUAUAGAUGGAGUCUAUGAAUGUAAAGAAGAAUUUAAAGCCAAAGGUACUGAGUAUACCCAAGACCUCCUAGAUUCAAAAAUGUACGCUCCUGGGUUUGAACCAGACAUUCUCAUCAGAACCAGUAAUGAAAAUAGGUUAAGUAAUUUCUUCCUGUUCCAGUCAAAGAAUUGCCAGAUCAGCUAUUGUAAAAACUAUUGGCCUGAUUUCUCUCUCUGGGAUAUGCUCAAAAUUAUUCUUGAAUACCAGAACAAGCAGGAAGAAUAGCUUUUCAUUUCUUUUUCAAUCAAUUCCAAAACA